AUGGUCUAUCACCUUCCUUCAAUUGCAACCACAGCUACCUAUAUAUCUCCAAAACAAGCAAAGGAUCAAUGUUGGGUCUAUGGAGACAGUAAUUUUACAUCAUAUCUUGUCACCCUUGACUCAAAACAAGAAUCGGAUAUUAUUAAACCCUAUUUGUAUGAAUACUCAAAGACGAUAUCUGAAGUAUUGGUAUCUGGUAGAGACAUUGGGAAUGGGAAUUAUUCCUAUUCCAGUGGACCACAAACAAAUAAAACAUUAUUUAAUAUGUUUACUGGUCAAUGUUGGGAAAUUUAUUGCCACCACUGGGACAACUCGAAAAACAACCUCGAUGCUCUCACCCAAAUGCAAGACCCCGACAAGGAACAAAUUUAUGAUCUCCAAGAGUCAAUUCAAAACGAACAACCGAUCAAUCCUAUUAAUGUUAGAAUUUUUUUCCAAGGAAAGGAACAUCUGUAUAAUUCCGGAGUAACUAUCUAUUCAAUAGAGAAUCAUUUGGGACUUUCUAAAGCCCGUGGUGACCCCAUCUAUCAGAAUACUGUAGAGGAGGAACCCAAGAAACAAAAUGUUAGACUUUGUAACUUUCUUUAA